UAUUGGUAAACAAGGUGGAGGCGUGGUUUGAGACGACCGCGGGCGCCUUCCGGACCUGGACUAAGGGACGAGAAGCGAACGCUACGGUAGAGCUGGCUCCCGCCAACCCUGGCUUUUCUCUCCGCCCCUGAGGGCCAGCUCCUCUUUCAGAAUGACGCUGGACGUGGGGCCGGAGGAUGAUCUGCCCGACUGGGCUGCUGCCAAGGAAUUUUACCAGAAGUAUGACCCUAAGGACGUCAUUGGCAGAGGAGUGAGCUCCGUGGUUCGCCGCUGCGUCCAUCGAGCCACCGGCCAGGAAUUUGCCGUGAAGAUCAUGGAAGUGACCGCUGAGCGACUGAGUCCUGAGCAGCUGGAGGAGGUGCGGGAAGCCACUCGGCGAGAGACACAUAUCCUUCGCCAGGUCGCCGGCCACCCCCACAUCAUCACUCUCAUCGAUUCCUACGAGUCUUCUAGCUUCAUGUUCCUGGUGUUUGACCUGAUGCGGAAGGGAGAGCUCUUUGACUAUCUCACGGAGAAGGUGGCCCUCUCAGAAAAGGAAACCAGGUCCAUCAUGAGGUCUCUGCUGGAAGCCGUGAGCUUUCUCCAUGCCAACAACAUCGUGCACCGAGACCUGAAGCCCGAGAAUAUCCUCCUAGAUGACAAUCUGCAGAUCCGCCUUUCAGACUUUGGGUUCUCCUGCCACUUGGAACCUGGCGAGAAGCUUCGAGAGUUGUGUGGGACACCAGGAUAUCUAGCACCAGAGAUCCUGAAAUGCUCCAUGGAUGAAACCCACCCUGGCUACAGCAGGGAGGUUGAUCUCUGGGCCUGUGGGGUGAUUUUGUUCACACUCCUGGCUGGCUCGCCACCGUUCUGGCACCGGCGCCAGAUCCUCAUGCUGCGCAUGAUCAUGGAGGGCCAGUACCAGUUCACUUCGCCCGAGUGGGACGACCGUUCAAAUACCGUCAAGGACCUGAUCUCGAGGCUGUUGCAAGUGGAUCCUGAGAAGCGCCUGACAGCUGAGCAAGCUUUACAGCAUCCCUUCUUUGAGCGCUGUGAAGGCAGCCAGCCCUGGAUGCUUACCCCCCGCCAGCGGUUCCGGGUGGCAGUUUGGACGAUACUGGCGGCUGGACGAGUGGCCUUAAGCACCCACCGUGUUCGGCCCCUGACCAAGAGCGCACUGUUGAGGGAUCCUUACGCGCUGCGGCCCGUACGGCGCCUCAUCGACAGCUGUGCCUUCCGACUCUACGGGCACUGGGUGAAGAAGGGCGAGCAGCAGAAUCGGGCGGCCCUCUUCCAGCACCUGCCCCCUCGGCCUUUCCCCAUCAGGGGUCCUGAAGAGGAGGAAGGCUCGGCUUCUGUCAGCGAUGAGGCGAUGCUGGAGCAAGGCUAGCACCACAGUGCUGGGGAAGCCCGCAAAGCUUCUCGACAUUCCAGUCCCUCCGGGCUCUCUAAGCCACGCUGCCUGCCAUGGCAGCCCGUGUGAUCCAAGCCCAGCCCUGCACACCUGUCGCCACUGGCCAGGGCUUUGCCAUCAGAGCCAAGGGAUGAGGGAGUCACUCAGGUAGCCCCACCUGGCCUAGAGAGUUCUGCCUGUGCCACCGCCAAUGCAAUAAAAGCUGCUCUGCCAGGAAAGCCAGUGCCCUAUGUCUGGUGUCCGGCUUCCACCGGGAAGCCCGGCAGGUGUUCAGCAGGGGGACAGGGAUGUGGCCA